AACAAGCUUUUCCCACAAGCCAUUUCUUAUUUAGAGAAGGCAUUUCAAGUUCGGAAACCUAUGGGUACUGUCCUGUUAAGUAGACAGUGUGUAACAAACCAAUAUUUAAGGAAGAAGGAUGAUCCUCACAGAUACUGUCGAGAAGCCUGUGCAGAACAUACCAAGUGUGGGCCAGUUAUAGUCCCUGAAGAACAUCUGCAGCAAUGUAGGGUAUGUAAUACAAAUGGACGGAAUUGUCAAACUGUUGGCAAAGCAGACCAGGACGGCGUUCGAGAUGCUGAUUUUAUACUGUAUGUUAGUGCUCUGACUACUGAAAGAUGUGGCCAAGAAAACAUUAUCGCAUACGCGGCAUAUUGUCAGCUAGAAGCAGAUAUGGACAG